GGCACUUUGCAUGAAUUGAAGGCAAAUUCCUCAAGUCUACAAUAGUUAUAUUUCAUUAUUCUGUGUCUUUUAGGCUUUUCUAAAGGUUUAAGAGCUUCACAAAGACGCUGGAUCCCCCUCUGGACUGACUUAUACUGCAGGAAACUGAGGACCCUGAGCUGCACUUGGCAGCUCCAGAACAAUGGCAGAGUGCACGCAGGAUGCCAACCCCGCCAAGGUGAUCCAGAAUCCAAAAGCUGACAUUCAGGACUCAAGAGAAGUUUCAGCUGAGUCUGCAUCAGCAGUCAAACUCAGACCCGCAGACCUGGGGUUGAUCCGAAGCUUGUCCAAGUCGGACUCUGACUUGUUGGCGUCGCCACUCGGAGAGGAGGAUGGAGGUCUGGCUGGCCGCAGUGGGUCCGUGUCUAACUGCAGCUCCGGGCGGCCAUCCAUGGAGCGGAUGCCUUCUUUUGCCUCCGAGUGGGAUGAGAUUGAGAAGAUCAUGACCUUGAUUGGAGCAGGCAUCGAAACAUCCAAAAAGAAACAGCCCACACCAAAAUCAGAUGGGGCCUGUGGUAAAGCCCUGGACCAGCCGGUCGGAGAGUGGCUGGAGCACGUGGGGCUGCCGCAGUACGAGAGCAAGUUCCUGCUCAAUGGCUUCGACGACCUACGAUUCAUGGGAAGUAACGUGAUGGAGGACCAGGAUCUCAGAGACAUCGGGAUCACUGACCCAGGACAUAGAAAGAAAAUCCUCCAUGCGGCACGCAGCUUGCCUAAGGUGAAAGCGCUGGGCUGUGAUGGCAGCACAUCUCUUGUCUCCUGGCUGGACGGCCUCGGCCUGCAUGAAUAUCUGCCCAACUUUCUUUCAAGUGGCUACCGCACACUGGAGUGUGUCAAGAACCUGUGGGAGCUGGAGAUUGUCAAUGUUAUUAAGAUUGGCCCCCUGGGACACAGAAAAAGGAUCAUUGCCUCUCUUGCAGAGAGACCCUAUGAAGAGGCUCCGACCAAGUCCCGCCGUCUGUCCCCAAUUAUGUUCCAUGACCUCCUGUCCCAGACCACGUCUCCACUCAGUCAGAUGGACCCCUACACCAGUCGCUCCAUGGACAUGCUCCUGCCCUUGGCUGAGUCGGACCGGAGACGGAGAGGAGUUGACCAAGAAGUGUGUAGUGUUUCUCUGCGUUCAUAUAGUGAGAGGCCGCGCUCUGUAGACAGACAGAGUGAACGGCACAAAGACUCUCGUUUAAACCUCCGGCCGCCGAGCCAGUCUGCUACCUACGCCACGGUGUCCGCCUGGCAUCACCAGCCUGAGAAGCUCAUCCUGGACUCCUGCGGGUACGAGGCAACCUACCUAGGAUCAAUGAUAAUCAGGGAUCUACGAGGGAUUGAGUCCACACAAGAUGCCUGUGCUAAAAUUAGAAAAUCAAAGGACUCCAGAAAGGGUCCGGUCGUCAUACUGUCCAUUACUUAUAGAGGGGUCAAGUUCAUCGAUGCAGCCACGAAGACUAUAGUCGCGGAGCAUGAGAUCAGGAACAUCUCAUGUGCCGCCCAGGACCCAGAUGACCUCUGCACUUUUGCUUACAUUACCAAGGAUCUGAAGAGUGGCCACCACUUCUGUCAUGUCUUCAGCACUGUGGAAGUGACACAGACCUAUGAGAUCAUCCUAACACUGGGACAGGCGUUCGAGGUGGCCUAUCAGAUGGCGAUGCAGUCGAGGGCGAGGCACUAUGUCCCACCUACAUCUCUGACCUCAGAGGUCAUAGAGACCAAAACCAGCCGUCCUGUAUCUCAGUCGUGGAGCAGCAUGCGGAGAUCAGCAGGUGCCCCUCUGCUCGAAUGCCGCUGCUGUCACUGUCACACGUGUACUACCCACCGUCCUUCCUUCCUCCCGUUGCACUCUGUUAGCCCUGGAGUCCAGAUCGACCCCCUGGAGAUGGACGCAGACAUGCAGUCCCUGGGCAGCACCACCUGGCUCUUGGACCAGCGGGACUCCCACAGGCGCCCCGUCAGCACCAAGUACGAGACCACCAUAUUCUGAGGCCGGACCCCCACAGCCGCCCCUCUGCACCCCCUCGUACUUCCCCCCUCCCCCCUGCAUCCGGUUCUUUAUUUAACUCUCUCACACACACACUUAUAUACAUGCGAGCCCCGUGCCUUCUCACUGUGAUGGUAUAGCAUCCCUCAGGGCUGCCUACUCCUGCACCCUCCUUUGCCCUGCCCAGCGACCCACACCAACCUCUUUACCCGCCAUGACAAAACACUCCUGCGGCUCUCCCGUGCCUCCCCAACACCCCUGGCAGCCUCCCUCGCCUGUUGCUGCUGCAGCCAAUGGCGGAGCCCUGGAACGGAUGAUCCUGGACUGAUCUCAUUUUACAGUGGCCCUGCUCUCUCAACCAAACUGCCUCUUCCUCCUCAUCCUCCUCCUCCUGACAACUUGCAUCUGCCUCCAAAUCCCCGAUAGCUCCCAGAGGUUGCAUCUUUAUUCUUCUUCUUUCAGGCCAUUCUUUAAAUUGAUUGACUGCAGGCAAAACGAGCAUGUUCAUUUUUUAUUUUGCUCUGUAUCUAGACUUCCCCUGGGCUUAGUUUAAUUUCCAGGAGGGUCAGGUGUAUAAUAUUGAUUAAAUUACAAAGUUACGGGUAAUACCAAAAGGGCCAGUGUCUUAAAAGGAAUUCUUCACACAUAAAAUGGCCAUUUGUGUAUCACUUACUCAACCAGUGUUACGUUGUAAAGAACAUUUUCCUCGCAUGUCUCCUCUGUGAACAAAGAAUCCAAAAAAAGAGAAAAUUCUUGAAUUGAAAUAAAAAUGGUCCAUCUUUGGCAGCAGUAAAGCAACACCAAAACAUCUGGAUACAAACUCUCAAAAGACGUGCAGUAUAAUCCAAGUCUCAUUUAUCCUGGCAUAUGCUCAGUACUUUCCAAACACAUGUAUUUUGCUA